AUGCAGCAUGAGACGCACCGAGUCCCGGUGACGGCGCUCGCGUUCUGGAGCCCAGAUGUGAUCCUGUCCGGCGAGGGUCCUCUACUGAAGGCCUAUCGAGUCUCCAGCAAGGCUUUGCUCGCGACCGUCCCCAUCUUUCCCAGCCAAACAAUCCAUGGAGUCAUCGUCAACCGCCACGGGAAUGCCAGCGCAGUGCUGGUGUGGGGAGGCCGAUCUGUCCGUCAGCUCAGCAUCGGCCUCGCCGACGAUACCAUCCUCCGACUUACGGCGGGCGAAGCGGCAGAGGCCGACGACUGGAUCCUUGAUGCCUCUUUCUCGGAACAUUCCGAUGCGCUCCGACCUCAGGUGGCUCUCGUGACUGCUCACAAUGCCCUCGUCCUCGCCACUCUCAACGAAGCCCUCGAGUCGCGCUUGGAGCUCGUGACAACCGGCUCCAACUGCAUCCUCUACUGUGCGCAAGUAGUAUGGCUAAGUGCUUCCAAAUGUCUCAUUGCAUCGGGAACUGCGUUUGGGGACAUUCUCAUUUGGUCCUGCUUUCUUUCUGCACAUGACGGGUAUCAUUCUGCCAGCUGCCAGACACACUACACUUUCUCAGCACACGCAGGCUCGGUGUUCGGCGUACAAAUCUCACCAUCCAGUAGCGGAGCUGGGUGCGCAGGAGUCCGCCGGCUACUGGCCAGCUGCAGUGACGACCGAACGGUGAGCAUCUGGGACAUAUCCGAUUUGACCGUGGAGAGUGCGACCCUGGCUGAAGAUCAACGACAGACUGGUUUCGGAGCGAAGGCGGGUGAAGACGCUCAUCCACCUCCGCUACUGGGCAAGGUAAUGGGUCAUCUGUCGCGGAUUUGGCACAUCCUAUUUCUUGCGGACCCGAAAAAGAGCUCCGCAGUCUCUACUACCGCGCAGUGUCCGGUAGACAAGUGCUUGGUGUCCUGCGGCGAAGACGCGUCCAGCAUUACCUGGGGUCUUGGUUCCCGGUACGAUAGCGGAAAUCGCUUGACCUACACACUGGAGCAAUUGGAGUCACAAAAGGCGCACGCAGGGAAGAACAUUUGGUCUGUUGUAUUUGAUGGCACUUGUCAAGUCGUGACGGGAGGCGCUGACGGGUCCAUUGCCAUACGUGCCACCAAUAGCGCAAACUCGAACCUUCUUCGAUCAGAGAUCACUCUUCGCGAUACCGAAAGAGCAGACAAUGUGCGGUCGUAUGGAUUUGUUGACGAUCUCGGGUUGCUCGCUACCACAGAUAAGGGGCGGGCUUUGAUAAUUGACAUAGGUUUCCACGGAGAACAUACUAUCAAAGAAGUGUCUCCCCCUAUUAGCGGUUUAUGUGGGUACUCGGUCGUUGCCAGCAUUCCGCAUCUAGCUUUCGCAGCCGGCUCGGACGGGGCUGUUUAUGCUUACAGUAAAAUCUUCAAUACCUUUUCAAAUAUCGUCGAGACAGGGCGCAAGGUAGCAGGAAUCUUCGCCCAAGAUGUCAACGCCACUGGCGAGCACAUCGGUCUCUUAGUCACCAAUAUGGGCACCAACUCGGCGCUGUUCGGCCUCCUAGCCUGCACAUGCUCUUCAGGACGGCCUCUUCUGCAGACGCAAUAUAGGCUUCGACUUCCACAAGGCUUCACCGUGACCAGCUUUGUACAUGUACAACACAAGAAACACAAUUUGGUGCUACUUGGCUCGCGACAUGGUGCCAUCGCCAUCUUUGUCUUGCCAGAGCUGGAACAAGAAGAGCCAAUUUCAUGCAACGCGCUCCAUCUGGCUGUCCAUGGGAAAGAGACUGUCACUUGCCUGCAACAUGAGCUCGCUCCGCCCAGCAUGGACAUUGCCGUCUUCUCCACAGGACGCGAUGGCACGUACGCUGCACACAGGCUCACCAUCAGCGACGAGGACAUCCAUCUGACGACAAUCCACCAGCUGACCCUUCCCUUUGGUCCGAACGUAGAAGGUCUCGGACGCCCUUACCAAGGAGGCUUAUGGAUCUGGGGCUUCAGGGGCAAGCAAUUUGUGGUGUACGACAUCGACGCCCAGCAAGAGGUCAUGGCGGUGGAAUGUGGUGGCGCGCACCGGAACUGGAGCUUCCAAAUUGCCAAGGAAGGAGGCAUAUUCGUGUGGACGAAGGCGUCGAAGUUGUACUACGCACGGCAAGCCCAGCUGCCAUUUCAGACCAUCAACUCGGGCGGCCAUGGCAGAGAGAUCAAGUCGGCUGCCGUAUCACCCAGGGACUCAGCCCUGAUAGCUACUGGUGCUGAAGACACCGACAUCAAGCUGAGCAGGUACGAAGACGGCAGUUUCCGGUGCCUCCACACGCUACAAAAGCACAACACGGGGAUCCAGCACUUGGCGUGGUCGGGCAAUGGAGAAUAUCUGUUUUCCAGUGGCGGCUUCGAAGAGUUCUUUGUCUGGAGGAUACGCGACGACCUGCCCACCCCGAUGAUGAACAUCGGUGUCCGGUGCGAGUCUGCACAUCCCAGGAGCGGCACUUCGGACCUGCGCAUCAUGAAUUUCGACGUACAACCCCACGGCUCCGACGCGGGGGAAUUCCGCAUCACGAUGGUGUAUUCCGACUCCACGAUUCGAACAUGGAAAUACAUCAGCGACGACAAGGCAUGGCAGUUCCUCGCGGGCGGCAGCUACCUGACCUCCUGCCUGACUCAGUGCCUGCAGCUCGCCGCCCCCCACAACGACAACUUCCUCCUCACCGCUGCGUCGGACGGGCACCUGACGACAUGGAAAGUCGACACGCAACAGGAGGAGGGCAUGUGCUGGACCUCUCGGCACAGAGUGCAUCAGAGCGGCAUCUUGAGCCUCGUCCGUAGCGCUGCGGCUCUGCACGAUGGCUCCGUGUUGAUCUUUACGGGCGGCGACGAUAAUGCGAUCGGCAUCACGCGCAUGUCGGCGUCGGGAGCCUUCCAGGGGACAUUGCUGGUGCCACGGGCUCACGCGGCGGCCGUGACGGCUCUUGUUGUUGUUGCUGUUGCUGUUGCUGCUGAUGAUGAGGACAGUCGUACUGCAUCAUCAUCCUCAUCAGACGGUGGGGUUCUGCUCGUGUCGGCGAGUCUUGACCAGCGAGUCAAAGUGUGGAGGAUCCGGAUCGAUCUCGACAAAGCCGCCAGCGGGGUGGACGGGUUGGACGUUCAACUGGUGCAGAACAGCUUCACGGCUGUGGCGGAUGUAUCCAGCAUGGAGAGCAUGUGGGAUCCAAAGGGAGGAGUGCGGAAAGUCCUCGUCUGCGGCGUAGGAAUGGACGUGUGGAAGAUGUGA